CGCCACUGUCAAAGCGCGAUCGAACCCCUCCCUGUUACUCCUCUGGCUUUUGGCACGAACAUCAGGCAACAAUCUCCAAAUAUGUGAGAGCUCACUUGAAAUAACGGGCGAGAGCGAUACAUCACAUGUAUGAAUGAUUCGCCGAGGAUGUGAGAGUUACGGAUGCGGCGAUCGAUGAGUGUUUCUGUCGCAGGCUCAAACAGACGAUGAGAGUUGACAAGACCCACGGCUCUUGGUGAUGAUGCGGUCCCACUAUGGGGCUCCCGUGAACGGCCAGGGCGUCGAGUAUGUUGACUGCCUGUCAGCAUGACGCCGUUGGACCUGUGGCUUUCGCGCUCCAUCCCCAUGUGUCUGCUGCUGCAGAGCCUGGUGCUCAUGGUCCUGUGCUUUCCGUCUGCCAGCACCUGUCCCAAAGGUUGCACCUGUCAGCGCUCUGAAAGCCCACCGCACGGCCUCAAUGUCUCCUGUAGUCUGUCACGCUUGAAGGAGAUCCCGCCUGACGUCCCCCUGGACACCCAGCUGCUGCAGCUCGACCGAAACCACAUAUCUCUAGUGCCCGAUCGCAUAUUUCAUGGAUUGAGGAUGCUUCGGAGGCUCAAUCUCUCCCAUAAUGCUGUGGAAACCCUCGGCGAGGGGGCGUUUGUCGGUUUGGAGGGCUCUCUGGAAGUGCUGGACCUUUCCCACAACCGAAUCACUAGCGUGCACAAGGACGCAUUCGCACGGUUGAAGGCACGUGUGAUGGUGGACAACAACCCUUGGCAUUGCGACUGUGCCCUGCAGCAGGCGCUGGGUGGCAUGGCGCACAACCAUGAGGCCGCCACGCGCGUGCUGUGCCGUAGUUCAGAGCUGAGGGACCAAGAGGGCCAGCCUUUCCUUGCCGUAGAUGCGGACUUGUGCAACCUGGCCAAGCGGACCACCGACUACGCCAUGUUGGUGACCAUGUUUGGCUGGUUCGCAAUGGUUAUUUCUUAUGUUGUGUACUAUGUACGGCAGAACCAAGAAGACGCAAGACGACACCUUGAGUACCUGAAAUCGCUUCCCAGCAAGCCCAAGAUACCGGACGAACUGGAGGACAUCAGCACGGUUGUGUGACAUUACAAAGAUCACACGAUCCUAAAAACUAAAGGCCCAUUCACUCCAAGAAUGAUAACUGUAACACUAACUAGGGCUGCACGAUUAAUCGAACAUGAUCAUCUUGCACAUCAUGUCAGUAAAGCCGGUUCUGUGAUUAGUAGUAAAUCUGCUUUCAGUGACUACACAAAGCCAUAGUUCACUGACAAACUACGGCCAAAUAAAAAUUGGAGACGAUAUAAUCGUACAAUUAUUAAAUCAAAGAAAUUGUUUGCAAUAAUGAUAAUGUUUGCGUAGCAUUGCAUGAAAAUACCACAUUUAAUAACAUGUUUUUACUUCAAACUCACUUCAUAACAUAUGUUGAAAUAAAUCCUUCUGUGAGAUGAUGUGGCUUCUUACGCAGAAUUAGGCACGCACCAUAUUUCAUAGAACUCUAAGCAGUGAUAUAGGCAUUGCAUUAUAAAUAUACUUUAGUAUAAUUAAUAUUUUAAUAAUAAGAACUCAGAUAAACCGUGCAUUGCCGUAGUCGAGUUUAUUAGUCACGUUGAAUCAAUGAAAGCAGUUGAAUCUUCUGUUUAUUCAGCUGGAGUGAGGUUUCUUCUUCGGGGGUAGUUUCCACGUGAGAGCGCCCUCUGGCCUUCGGAUGGAGAUUUACUGCUGAUCACUGAACCGUGCUUCGCUGAAAGAUAUGCUUGACAAUCGCAGCUUCGAUCUAAUCGUGAUUUAGAUUUCAUUUCAAUUAAUUGUGCAGCCCUAACGCUUACUAUAAGAGAAUAUGGAAGUUCGCUUUACAGCUACAACGAUAACGGCAUGGGGGAGCUAUAUUGUUGGAAUCACUUUUAAAUCAGUGUUUUUCACUUGGUGAAUAAUAAAAGCAUCUACAGGCAAUCAGAACACAUCUGGCCUUAAAGAGCUUGCAGCACGCCCUUAUGAUAUACAGAAUAAUAUGGUUAUCUUUAUAGUUAUCAUUCUUAGCUUGAACGGGCCUUAAACCAAGAUGUUAAUUAAUCUGACACGAAUCAUAAAUGUCGUCUAGCGUACUACACCUGUCUUCUCUUUUUCCAAUGUGCUUUCCUGUUUCUGAGUAUGUAUUUAGAACAAUUUGUGAUACUCUCCCAACCCUUUGUCCUUACGAGAGAGCUAGAGUCUUUUAAACGUGACGCACAGGUGGCAUUAAAACAAUCGCAUGUGGUUCAAUUCCACCUUUAGAGCAGGAACUUGUUUUCAGGCUCAUUGACAUGAGUCAUUUUCUAUUUUAACUAGUCAGUCGGAACAGAUCGUCAAUCAUAAAGCGGCACUAAUGACCAGUACAGGUAUUUUGAGAAUUCAAAUCUCAGGUGCAAAUGUUGAUAGACUCCAAUGAUUUGUAAAAACCCUACGAUGUUUUGAUGCUACCAAGUUUUGUAUGACAAACGAUAAUCUAGGCAUGUGCAUAUUAGCUACAAUUGCGAAUCAUUUUAAGACCUUAAAAAAGGCAUGGUGUGCCCUUUAUUAGUGUAACGAUGGGACAUUUCUUCCAACAUUCCAAAACUAUUAUUGUGAUCCUGUGCAUUUUUUUGGUUUGUUUUUACGUUAAAACUCGUGCACAUUAAAUUGUGAAUCGUUGAGUCGUAGAGCACAGCAGUGCUGGCGUGGUGCUUGUAAUGUGAUUCUCGGAACUGUAGUCGAGGAACAUAGUCGAUACCUCCAUCUGAGUCUUUUGUCGGUAACAUUACUUGUGAGGCUCUUUGUCGAUGUUGUAACUCACUGUGCGUAAAAAGAGGCUCCUGAGCCCUGUGCUAGUCAUCGUGUAGUCUACGAGAUGGCCAGUGUGUUUUUUCGUAAACGUAAGGUUCCAUCCCUGAAUCCAACUCUUGAUGUCCAGGACAAAAAAUAUACAUCCUGAUGAGGAUCUUCAGCUUCCCCUUGCGCUGUGAUGGUAGGGCCAUUGGCGCUCAGUGAUAUUAUUGUGUUUGCAAAGUAAUUCAUCCCGGUUGCAAGCGGAAAAUUACAGCUGUCACUCUAUUACUGGCAUUAUUCUUAUGGCUGACUGCCGAGUCCAGCAAAGCAAAGCCCCGAGGAGAGCUAGAGGAUAGAAAGGCGGCAGGAGAAGAGAGGAAAUUAAAAACAGGAUAAUGGGAACAAGUUCUGGAGGAAAUCAGGGCCCUUAUGAAAAUGGAUUGUGAUGGUACCGUGGUAUAGUACGUUUCAGAUGGCUUUCAUAUAUUAUUGGAAUCACUUGAUCUAAGUACCCUGUGGUAUUUCCAUUAUUACGAUGUCCAAUCGUGGUUUGUACCAUGGUAAUAUCCAAAACAAAUGGUAUUAUGAAGGUUGCAACCAUAUUCAAGAUUGGGUAACCACAUGUAAAAUGUAGAGCAUUGAUCACUGGGAAUAAAAUCUGAAUAUAUUAGUACCAUGUCCACAAAUUGGAAAUAUGAAUGUAGUUUUUAAUUCAGUGGUAUUGUCCAAAACAUGGUAUUAUUAUAGAUACAACCAUAUAUAUUCAAGAUUGGGGUACGAAAUGUUAAAUGUAAAGCAUGGAUCAUUGGGGAUAAAAUUGCCAUCAGAAUGUUAAUAAUACCAUAUCCACUAAUUGGAAAUACUAUGGUAGUUUUGUGAGUCGAAUGACCGUUGUUUCUUUAUUGUAACUUCAUUGUUGUGUAUCCAGUGAAGUGCUUUUUUAAAAAACUUUUUAAACGGUAAUUAAAUUCCAAAAUUGGUGCCGUUAUAAUAAUGACUUUAACAUCGGUUCAUCAGAAACAUUAGGAGAACUUUAGAAGAACAUUAGGAGAACGCUAACCCGACUUCACUGUAGAUAAAGAGCUUGUCUUUUGCGUAGGAAGGUACCUGAAAUCCCUUUAAAGAAUCAUGUUUGAAUGUACUUAUCUAGUCUUUUGCCUUGUCUAACUGCGGUUGUUCUACACGCUGUAUUGUGCUGGGAAAGUGAAGCACGCUGUAGCCAAGGACACGGGGGAGAGAUUUUCUAAGUGCCUGAAAUACUCGUCUAUAAGUCUGUCAUUCUUCCAGCUACCGAUAACUUUGCUUUGAAACAUUUCAUUCGGUUUUGCCUAACUUGAGUUUACUUUGCCUCAAGUGGGAUGUUUUUACUGCACAAAGAUAAUGGAAAAUCUGAAGUUAAUGAAGUACAGUGGGUCUUCUACAUCACAUUGUUCUUCCUGUUUUCUAAAGGCCUUUUCACAUGAUUUGUGUCACGGCUUCAAUGCUGUGCAAUGCUUUUGCCUCCACGUGAAAAGCUUUGCUGAUUGUUUUAUUGAAGGGCGAUUUGACAAAGUUGCAGUGUGGAUAUAGUGAAAAUAUCUGAUCUUAGAACAGAAGGUCCUAGCAUUUGAUUAGAUGCAUUGGAGAAAGGAAACAAAGGCACAGCUAACUUUUUCUCUGAAUGCCAUGGUUUGCAUUCAGUGUUCCAGAUUCAGAUAUGCACAUCAGUCUAUCAUCCAUCUUGUUUUUCAGAUACAAUCUUUAAUGCCUGUGACUGUAUCUCAUUGCACAGAAUUUUUGCAUUCAGUGAGGACAGAAAAACGACUUACUUUUAGAAAUUGAUUGCACCUGCUCAGGACGCGGUUUAAUGCUGUAGUUUGAUGCUUCACUGCAUUGAUUUUGAUGCAUUGGAGAACUGAACGUGAAUCAUGUGAAAGGGCUUUUAUUGGAAAAAUGUAGAGGAGAGUUGCGGCAUAUGUUUCUUCCUAUGUUAUUUUUUUAUUUUAUUUUAUUUUUUUACUAAUUUCUUCAUCUUUGUGUACCGUUUUUUGCUUGGUAUACAUGAAACUGACUUCUGCUCAAAAGUGUGACAUACCUUGAAGACGUAAUACUGGAGGAGGACCAAUGGUACAUCACAUUGUAAAUGCAUGAUGUAGAGAAAAUGAAAUAAAAGAUUAAUUUACACUGUUAUACCAA